AUGCCGCUUAUCAAACCGCCUCCGCGGCAGCGGUUCUCACAGAACUCAUCACUUGUAACCGCUUCAGAACUGCAUAGUCCUACUUUGAUUGACCCAAGUUCUGCAUCUACGGCUACGGUUCGAACUGCAACCGCGUUUAACAUACCUCAAAUGGGAAAUGGACUCAACAUCGCUUGUCAGAAAAGUUCCCACUUUCACUUUGCAUUCUCCCCUGAAAAAUUUAAACCUGAUUUCACAUUGUCUUCUAAUCUCGGUACUACUGCAUGUAAUCCCGCAACACAUGUGAGCCAGUCUGCUACUCCACUCUGCAUCGAUUCAACUCCAGGGAAAUGUGUACUGUCCAUCCCUUCGCCGCCUACAUUUAACAUCCCUUUUUCAAAUAAACCUCCCCUCGAACUUACGAGUCCCUGUGGAUUUCGAAGAAAAGAAACCAAUACAAUUGUGACGGCACCCAGUGAUUCCGUUUCGGAUUGUAAAACAGCGAUAACUACGUCAGCAUCGAAUGCUGCUCCAAGCGUCCACAACAUGUCCAUGACAGCUGAUUCACGUCAUUUUCAAUGCUUAGGAUCUGCUGACGACAACGACAUUUCUCGUGCGUUGUGGUGUGGAAUUUGCGGCCACGUGCAUGAGUUAUCUGUGGCCCAUUACUACCAAUACGCAGAGGUCGUUGAUGCGGAUCUUCUCUGUCGACUAUGCCAGCAGCCACUCGUGGAUCCUCUCGAUACGAGAUGCGGACAUACCUUCUGCUCCUCUUGUCUGAAAAAUCAUCUCGCCAUCCAAGCGUUGUGUCCUGAAGACAAACAAAUUAUCAAUUAUCUGGAAUGUCAGCAGUCGUCAAACUUGGUUAAACGUCUGUUGGACAAGCUGCUCGUUAAAUGUCCCAACUCGGAAUACUGUCAGGAAGUUUUGACCAGAUGUGAUUUGGAAUCCCACUUGGCCUACUGGUGCCGUGGUGCUGUGGUAGCCUGUGUGAACAACAAGCUUGGUUGUCCCUACCUUGGCUUGCGGGCACUCCAACCUGCACACCGAUGGAGUUGCCAGUUUCAACCAUCGGCCUCAAGAACGAACACUUCAACUCUUUCGUCGGGCGACGAUGAACGCCUUAGUGGCUCCUCGAAGAUUCCGGAGCCGCGAUCAACUGCUACCGUCCACGGAGAUUCACUCAAUUUGGUUCCUUUGGAUACGACCGCUGGUCCUAACUUUCAUAACUCAACCGUAACGGAUCGCAGUUCGUCCAAUUGUUCCUCGACUCCAAGUUCCAGCCCACAUCCACCAGUGGUCGCCGAUGGUCGUGUGAUGUGCAUCGAUUUGAAGUUAGCUGGUCGCUUGGAGCUGGGCAUCAGCGUGGUUGGUGGAUGUGAUACACCGUUGGUAUGUGUGAUAAUUCAAGAAAUAUUCCUCGAUGGUCUUGCUGCGAAGGACGGACGAUUGAAACCCGGUGAUCAGAUAUUGGAAGUGAGUUUGUAG